ACCCCAGACCCUAUAAGGCCUGGGAGCUGAGAGCCCAGCUGCCGGCUACACCACCUGUCACUCCAAGGGACCUCCACACGGUCCAGCUGCCUAGAGGGUUACCAUGUCUGCUCGAGACGGAGGCCAGGAUCCCCCCAAACCCAAGGGCAAGACCCUGGGCAGCUUCUUUGGGUCCCUGCCUGGCUUCAGUGCUGCCCGGAACCUGGUGGCCAACGCCCACAGCUCAGCAAGAGAGGCCCAGCCAGCUGCCGAGACUGCAGGCGCUCCAGCUGAGGAGGCCGCCCAGCCCCAGGCUCAGGCGCCCACUGACCCGGAGCAGACGGCCAGGGGGUUAGAGAAGACGCUGCUGCCUUCAGAGAAGCAAAUGAUCUCCGGGGCAAAGGACCUGGUGUCCUCCCAGAUGGCCAGGACCAAGGAUGCUCUCUCCACAGGGAUGGCUAGCAUCGUGGACACGGCUAAAGGUGUGGUCCAGGGAGGCAUGGACACCACCAAGACCGUCUUGACAGGCACCAAAGAUGUUGUGUCCACUGGGCUCACUGGAGCAAUGGGUAUGGCCAAGGGGGCUGUCCAGACUGGCAUGGACACCACCAAGACCGUCUUGACUGGUGCCAAAGACACCAUUUCCACUGGGCUCACUGGAGCAAUGGGUAUGGCCAAGGGUACAGUCCAGACUGGCAUGGAUACCACCAAGACCGUCUUGACAGGCACCAAAGAUGUUGUCUCCACUGGGCUCACUGGAGCCAUGGGAGUGGCCAAGGGGGCUGUCCAGACUGGCAUGGACACCACCAAGACCGUCUUGACUGGCACCAAAGAUGUUGUGUCCACUGGACUCACUGGAGCAAUGGGUAUGGCCAAGGGGGCAGUCCAGACUGGCAUGGACACCACCAAGACCGUCUUGACUGGCACCAAAGACACCAUGUCCACUGGGCUCACUGGAGCAAUGGGAGUGGCCAAGGGGGCCGUUCAGACUGGUAUGGACACCACCAAGACCGUCUUGACAGGCACCAAAGAUGUUGUGUCCACUGGGCUCACUGGAGCAAUGGGUAUGGCCAAGGGGGCCGUCCAGACUGGCAUGGACACCACCAAGACCGUCUUGACUGGCGCCAAAGACACCAUGUCCACUGGGCUCACUGGAGCAAUGGGUAUGGCCAAGGGUACAGUCCAGACUGGCAUGGAAACCACCAAGACUGUCUUGACUGGCACCAAAGAUGUUGUGUCCACUGGACUCACUGGAGCCAUGGGAGUGGCCAAGGGGGCUGUCCAGACUGGCAUGGACACCACCAAAACUGUCUUGACUGGUGCCAAAGACACCAUGUCCACUGGGCUCUCUGGAGCCAUGGGUGUGGCCAAGGGGGCCGUCCAGACUGGCAUGGACACCACCAAGACCGUCCUGACUGGCACCAAAGAUGUUGUCUCCUCCGGGCUCACUGGAGCCAUGGGUAUGGCCAAGGGCACAGUCCAGACAGGCAUGGACACCACCAAGACCGUCCUGACAGGCACCAAAGAUGUUGUCUCCACUGGACUCACUGGAGCAGUGAACAUGGCCAAGGGCACAGUUCAGACUGGCAUGGACACCACCAAGAAUGUCUUGACUGGUGCCAAAGACACCAUGUCCACUGGGCUCACUGGAGCCAUGGGAGUGGCCAAGGGGGCCGUCCAGACAGGCAUGGACACCACCAAGACCGUCCUGACUGGGGCCAAAGACACCAUGUCCACUGGGCUCACUGGAGCCAUGGGAGUGGCCAAGGGGGCCGUCCAGACUGGCAUGGACACCACCAAGACCGUCUUGACUGGCGCCAAAGACACCAUGUCCACUGGGCUCACUGGAGCAAUGGGAGUGGCCAAGGGAGCCGUCCAGACUGGCAUGGACACCACCAAAACUGUCUUGACUGGCACAAAAGACACCAUGUCCACUGGGCUCACUGGAGCCAUGGGUGUGGCCAAGGGGGCUGUCCAGACUGGCAUGGACACCACCAAGACUGUCCUGACUGGCACCAAAGAUGUUGUCUCCACUGGGCUCACUGGAGCAGUGAACAUGGCCAAGGGCACAGUUCAGACUGGCAUGGACACCACCAAGACUGUCUUGACUGGUGCCAAAGACACCAUGUCCACUGGGCUCACUGGAGCCAUGGGAGUGGCCAAGGGGGCCGUCCAGACUGGCAUGGACACCACCAAGACCGUCUUGACUGGCACCAAAGAUGUUGUCUCCUCUGGGCUCACUGGAGCAAUGGGUAUGGCCAAGGGCACAGUUCAGACAGGCAUGGACACCACCAAGACUGUCCUGACUGGUGCCAAAGACACCAUGUCCACUGGGCUCACUGGAGCCAUGGGUGUGGCCAAGGGGGCCAUCCAGACUGGCAUGGACACCACCAAGACUGUCCUGACUGGCACCAAAGAUGUUGUCUCCACUGGGCUCACUGGAGCAGUGAACAUGGCCAAGGGCACCGUUCAGACUGGCAUGGACACCACCAAAACUGUCUUGACUGGUGCCAAAGACACCAUGUCCACUGGGCUCACUGGAGCCAUGGGUGUGGCCAAGGGGGCUGUCCAGACUGGCAUGGACACCACCAAGACUGUCCUGACUGGCACCAAAGAUGUUGUCUCCACUGGGCUCACUGGAGCAAUGGGAGUGGCCAAGGGAGCCGUCCAGACUGGCAUGGACACCACCAAAACUGUCUUGACUGGCACAAAAGACACCAUGUCCACUGGGAUCACUGGAGCCAUGGGUGUGGCCAAGGGGGCUGUCCAGACUGGCAUGGACACCACCAAGACUGUCCUGACUGGCACCAAAGAUGUUGUCUCCACUGGGCUCACUGGAGCAGUGAACAUGGCCAAGGGCACAGUUCAGGCUGGCAUGGACACCACCAAGACUGUCUUGACUGGUGCCAAAGACACCAUGUCCACUGGGCUCACUGGAGCCAUGGGAGUGGCCAAGGGGGCCGUCCAGACUGGCAUGGACACCACCAAGACCGUCUUGACUGGCACCAAAGAUGUUGUCUCCUCUGGGCUCACUGGAGCAAUGGGUAUGGCCAAGGGCACAGUUCAGACAGGCAUGGACACCACCAAGACCGUCCUGACAGGCACCAAAGAUGUUGUCUCCACUGGACUCACUGGAGCAGUGAACAUGGCCAAGGGCACAGUUCAGACUGGCAUGGACACCACCAAGACUGUCUUGACUGAUGCCAAAGACACCAUGUCCACAGGACUCACUGGAGCAAUGGGUAUGGCCAAGGGGACUGCCCAGACUGGCAUGGACACCACCAAGACCGUCUUGACAGGCACCAAAGAUGUUUUGUCCACUGGGCUCACUGGGGCAGUGAACAUGGCCAAGGGCACAGUUCAGACUGGCAUGGACACCACCAAGACUGUCUUGACUGAUGCCAAAGACACCAUGUCCACAGGACUCACUGGAGCAAUGGGUAUGGCCAAGGGGACUGCCCAGACUGGCAUGGACACCACCAAGACUGUCUUGACUGGCACCAAAGAUGUUGUCUCCACUGGGCUCACUGGAGCCAUGGGUGUGGCCAAGGGGGCUGUCCAGACUGGCAUGGAUACCACCAAGACUGUCUUGACUGGUGCCAAAGACACCAUGUCCACUGGGCUCACUGGAGCCAUGGGAGUGGCCAAGGGGGCCGUCCAGACUGGCAUGGACACCACCAAGACCGUCCUGACUGGCACCAAAGAUAUCGUGUCUACUUCAAUCACUGGGGCAAUGGGUGUGGCCAAGGGGGCUAUUCAGGUUGGCAUCGACACCACCAAGUCCGUCUUGACUGGCACCAAAGAUGUUCUGUCUACUUCAAUCACUGGAGCAAUGGAUGUGGCCAAGGAGGCAGUCCAGAUUGGCGUGGACACCACCACGUCCAUCUUGACUGGCACCAAAGAUGUUCUGUCUACUUCAAUCACUGGAGCAAUGGAUGUGGCCAAGGAGGCAGUCCAGAUUGGCGUGGACACCACCACAUCCAUCUUGACUGGCACCAAAGAUGUUCUGUCUACUUCAAUCACUGGAGCAACGGAUGUGGGCAAGGAGGCCAUCCAGACUGGUAUGGACACUACCAUGACCAUCUUGACUGGCACCAAAAGUGCCAUGUCCUCUGGGCUCAGCAGUGUAGGGCACAUGGCCCAAGAAGGUAUGCACACUGGGGUGGGCAUCAUCCCAAACUGGUUACCUGACUCCAAGGCUGCCACCUCAGUUGGACUUGCCAGUUCCAGGGCCCCAGAUGAAGGAGAACAAACCAUCCCAAGCUCCCCUCAGGCUCAGCUCAGCAACCACGGACCUCUGUCAGCUGAGGCCAUGUUCAGCCAAGAGGCCACCCUGGGCAAGGUGGAUGCUGCUCCCGGGGCCACCACUCAUGGCCAGGAGGGAGCCCAGGGCUUUGCAGCACUCCGGAAUGAGCUGGAGGAGCUGGGAGAGCUCUUCCAGCCCAUGAGCGCCGAGGAACAAGCUCAGCUGUUUGCUACCCAGCCCAGGCGGAGGGAGGUCACGGCCGACCAGGGCAGCUACUUUGUGCGUCUGGGUGACGUGGCCCCCGGCUUCCGCCAGCGGGCUUUCGAGCAUGCCCUCAGCCACCUGCAGCAUGGUGAGUUCCAGGCACGGGACGCGCUGGCCCAGCUUGAGGAUGUCUUCAGGGAGAUCGAGGAGGCCCAGCAAGCUCCGGUUGGGGAUGCAAGCAGCCAAACAGAGGAAGCCGCUGCUAGGGAGGUGCCGGCCACUGGGGCUCUGUCUAGGGCCUGUGACCUCGUCCAGCAGCUCCACGUGGCCUACAGCCGCCUGGCCUCCGGCCUCCAGGGCCUCCCCACGGAGCUUCAGUGGCAGCUCCAGCAGGCGCGGCACAGCAUCUGUGAGCUCUAUGGUGUGGUCUCCUCGGCCGCCACGGUGGCGGAGCUGCCAGUCAAGCAGCUGGCCGAGAGCCGCCAGGGUGUGGGGCAGUCGUGGCGGGGCCUGGAGCAGGUGCUGCGGAACGUGCAGCAAGGCCCUCCGCUUGGCUGGCUGGUGGGGCCCUUCGCCCUGCCCGCCAAUGGGCAGCCGCUGUAGGAACCCCUCCCCUGCCCAGAACCAGCUCCUAGCCCCCGAAGCUCUGGGUCCUGGAGUUCUACCACACCAUGCACCUGGCGCCAGGCCUGUCUGUACCAGGCGGUACCUGCCUCCCUGAGCACAAGCUCGGCUGGUCCUUCUGGCCGAGAAGUCCCAGACGGCUAAGACCCCCGGUGGUAGGCCUUAGCCUGAAGAUCUCGAGCAAGUGUUCAAGAAAGGGUAUGGGGCCUGCCUAGAAAAUUCUCCACUCCAUACCCCGACCAGGGCCCUUUUAUCUUUUAUAAACUCUGGGGGCCUUCCACCCCAGGUGGGGUCCUCUAGCCACCAGUUAGCAGGCAGCCCUGCUCCUCCGUCCUGGGCUCCAGGCAGCUCUGUCCUUGUUCUGAAAGCACACGUCCAGCAGCUAACAGCGCACACCCCCGAACAUACCAGAAUGCUGUCGUCCCAGGGCAGGCGGGCUCCCGCCACCUCUGCUGACCCUGCUGCCUCUGCUGACCUUCAGGGGAGGCCAAGGGGCUUUGUGAAGGCAAAGCUGAAGCAACUGCUGCAACUGAGGGCCAGAUAGUGCAGGUGAUGGUUGGGGGGUGAGUACAUGUCCCCUCCUGAUGCAGCCCACCCACCAGCAGCACCCUUGGUCACGGCUGAUCACAGGGGUCCAGAGCUGAUGUUCUAAGGCCCUGGGCCCAGAAGCUGCCAAUGAAGGAAUAAAGGGAGAGACCCCAGGGAACACAUGACAGAAGGUACUCGAGCAACUUCCCUUGAGGUCCUGCAGUUAGGGCUCUGGGCUUUCACUGCUGAUGGUAUGGGUUCGACCCCUGGACAGGGAACUAAGCCCCCACAAGCUACAUGGUGUGGCCAACCCCCACCCACAAAACAAAACAUGCUUGACAUGUGUUUAGGUCCUGGUCAAAUGCUCCAGGCCAGAGACUAGGGGCUGGGUUGGCAGCCACUGGACAGGCUUCCUUUCCAGCCAUACUUUCCUUGAGGGAGGCACCCUGGGAGGUGGGCUGCACACGGGAAGGUGGGGCCACGGAGGUCCAGUCCCCCUGAUCCUGUUCCCGGGACCCGGGUGAUGCUGGGGGAGCUGCUGACCACCAGUAGCCCAAGCUUCGUCAAGCGCCCCCACCACAAAGCCCAUCACACCUGCACCCCUGACCCCGCUGGCCACCUCCCUGACAGAGGGCUAGAGAUGCCCCCUCUUCUCAGAAAUGAUCGAGUGCUCUGAGCCCCGGACGAAUGUGCCAGCUGUCCCCAGAGGGUCACCAUGUCUGCCAGGGGAGCUGGCCAAGGCAGGACACAGGGACCAGUGUGGGACCUUCCCCAAGCCUUCCUUGCUUUGUUGCUCAUCCCAGAUUGCCAUCAGAGGGGGUGACGCUGGAAACGGUGGUUCACAGAAUCCGAGAUCAAGGACAAUCUCAAGUCCAACCAAACCCCAGUGGGGGGGUGCCAGGCCCAGAAAGCAGAACCACGCCCUAGCCUCUAAUCCACCAGGACAGAGAGGCUGGGCCACCAGCAGGACACACAACAGAGACGAGUGUUUAAACAACUGCCAUGUGCAGGUGCUUGGGUGGGCAACACACAAACCCCCCCCCACUACCCCCUUCCCUGGUCUAGAGAAGCUCAGAAUGAAGGUGCCACUCGCCCCAUGUCUACAGUGAGGCCUGCUCCCAGGCCCUCACCCUCCAGUUGUCAGGAACAACAGCCUGUAACACCCCUCCUGGUUUUCGGGGAAAGGUCUCGCU